AGGUCAGUAAACAGUCCGUCCAUACCCUGGUGUUUCGAUCACUCAAGAGGUCACAUGAAAUGUUCAUAGCUGAUAAUGCCCAUCCUCCUAACAGGGAUCCUCAUGCAGAUACGGUUAAGGUUGCCUGCAAAGUUAGAGAUCAGUAUGGGAUGGUACAGAAUCUUACAGCUAACACAGAACACCAGAGAAUAGCUGAACUAUCACACAGAGAAAUAAGAGAAGGGAGCCAGGAGUAUGAACAAGGUUAUGAGGAGAUUCCAGCUCACAUUCAGCCCGGACAUCCGUAUCCAAACGCUCCAGGAGUACCAUUAUCUGAGCAGAAUGCACGACAGCCCGGUCUUAGUGAGGGUGGGAUACAGCAGGUGAUGAGGGGGCUUCCACCAUCAGAAGCACAGAUUCAAGCUUCAAGAACAGCACAUGGAGUUGAAGACAUUCAAAGGAAAGCUGGCAUUCCAGAGAGAAUACAACCCCCAGGAUCAAGGGCCUUGGUGGCUGUUUCCUCGGGCACCAAGAACUCGCAAGCCCUUGUUGCGAGGAAAGCUCCCACAAUGCCCAAACCAAAGUGGCAUCCUCCUUGGAAGUUGUAUCGAGUGAUCAGCGGCCAUCUUGGAUGGGUUCGGAGCAUAGCUGUGGAACCGGGCAAUCAGUGGUUUGUCACAGGGGCAGGCGACAGGGUCAUCAAGAUCUGGGAUCUGGCUAGCGGUCAGCUGAAGCUGUCGUUGACCGGUCAUGUGAGUGCUGUGCGUGGUCUUGCAGUGAGCCCUCGUCAGCCCUACCUCUUUUCUUGUGGUGAGGACAAGAUGGUCAAAUGCUGGGAUCUUGAACAAAACAAGGUGAUAAGACACUACCACGGUCAUCUCAGUGCCUGCUAUGCCCUUGACCUUCAUCCGACCAUCGAUAUCCUGGCUACGUGUGGACGUGACGCUACCAUCAGGAUAUGGGACAUCCGGUCAAAGGCCUGUGUCCACACACUGACCGGUCACACCAAUACAGUGGCAUCAGUCAAGUGCCAGAGUGCGGAACCUCAGAUUGUCAGUGGUAGCCAUGAUUCAACCAUCAGGCUGUGGGACCUGGCAGCGGGCAAAACUAGGGCAACUCUCACCAACCACAAGAAAAGCGUCAGAUCAGUCGUACUACAUCCCAAACUGUAUAUGCUGGCAUCUGCCUCUCCUGAUAACAUCAAGCAAUGGAAGUUCCCUGAAGGAAACUUCAUGCAGAACCUAGGAGGGCACAACGCCAUCGUUAAUUGCCUGGCCGUCAACUCAGAUAAUGUUCUUGUAUCUGGAGGAGACAACGGCUCCCUUCAUUUCUGGGACUGGAGAUCGGGUUUCAACUUCCAGCGGACCCAGGCUCCCGCCCAGCCUGGGUCGCUGGACAGCGAUGCUGGGAUCUUUGCCAUGACCUUUGACCACAGCGGAAGUCGUCUACUGACUGCAGAGGGCGACAAAACAAUCAAGAUCUACAAGGAAGAUGAAGAAGCGACGGAAGAAACACAUCCUCUAAACUGGAAGCCAGAGAUCAUGAAGAAGAAGAAAUAUUAAAGAGAAAAAGAUGGGAAGCUGUUACUUCUUUGAACAUUGGUUGCCGGAUAGAAUGCUGCUUGUAGAUUUAGGCAUGAAUCAGUGACCUGAAAUAUGGCAUGUCAUUGAUGCUGUCUGCAGAGUUAGGCACAAAUCAGCGACAGAGAUAUGACAUGCCGAUUGAUGCUGUCUGUAGAGUUAGGCACAAAUCAGUGACAGAGAUAUGACAUGCCGAUUGAUGCUGUCUGUAGAGUUAGGCACAAAUCAGUGACAGAGAUAUGACAUGCCGAUUGAUGCUGUCUGUAGAGUUAGGCACAAAUCAGUGACAGAGAUAUGACAUGCCGAUUGAUGCUGUCUGUAGAGUUAGGCACAAACCUACAGUGACUUGGAUAUGGCAAGCCAAACAUACACAUCAAUUAUAUUACCUGAAGUUGACAUAUGUACUGGGUAGUUGAUCAUAAUGAUUUACGCUGUUAAAGCUAUGUGAGAGUUCUCGGUCCCAUUACAUAAAUGUUAUCAUUAUGGUAACUUUGCCAUCUAAUGGUAUCUACCAUGGUAACAUUGCUCAUCAGCCAAUCAAAAUCAAGGAUUUGAGGGAAGUUACCAUUGGAUGGCAAAGUUACCAUAAUAGUAAACAAAUGAUGCAUGCACAUGAGUUCAUUAUGCGAUCUAUCCUCACUUGAGUUGAGGCUCUGUUCAAUCCAUUGCACAAAGCGUUUAGGCUGAGUGCAAUGGUUUGAACACAGCCUCAACAAGAGUGGAUAGGUCGCAUAAUGGACGAAUGAAGACAUGCAUCAUUUGGUUUAUACAACGACUCUUCUAGAUUGUGUUAUUUGACAAACUAGGAAAAAGAUGGAAUUAGAAUGUAUUUGCCUUUGUCCAACAACUAGAUAUUUCUGAUAACAUGAUUAUUUUCCCUAUGUUUGAAAGCAGUUGUUGUCAUUCGUUUGUGACGCGCUUUGAUUCAUUAAUCUAAGUGCGCACAGUCAGCCUUGUUGAUGUACUUUACUUUGAUGCACGCAAAUACACACGCACAUGCAAAAUGUACAUGCUCAGUGGUCUACACUAAGGGAGAGAGCUCAACCGUGCAAUGGAAAAAUGCAUGGUCGCUGUGCAAUGGAAAAUAAAAUUUGCAUGCAGCACAAAAUGGAUCAAAUAUUGAAUGACUUUCAACCGGUGAAAUCACAAUAAUCUUUGUAUGAGUUAUAUGAUAACUUUUACGCAACAGAGCCCAGGCAGAGAAAUCUAAUUUUGAUAGGAAAUAAUGUUUGAUUUGAAUCGAUUUGAUUUAUUACUUCACAUUCCACAAAAGCAAAUAAGAACAUAAUAACAAUAAUUACAUUCACUGUUUUACAGAUAUUUUGGCACCACAGGAAUCUCUUUGAUUUAGGCAAACUUCUCAUGAGAAGAUGUAAACAACACAUGGUCGCAGAUUCAGAUGGGAAUUCAUAAUGCUGUUCAUGACUUAGUAGACAACUGGGGCCGGUCAUACAGACAGAGGCGAUUGGUCCGAUCAAUCGCAACUAUGGCACGGCAGCAACGUUAACCUCUAAAAUACAUGUUUGUUCAAAAUAUUUUCUAGAAAUGACGUAUAUACAUACACUAACUGUUUUUCUUGACAAUUCAGUAUGCUUCUCUUUGUUUUCAAAGGACAUUGAGCUUUUUUUUAAAGACAAAAUUAUGACAUGGAUGGAAUUCCAUAUACUUGAGAUUGAUCGUAUCAAUUGUAACUGUUUGUAAGAUGGGGCCCUGGAAUAUGGUCUUAAGUCAGCUGUAGAGGGACGGUUUAGCACAAGAAAGGAUCAUUACCAACAGCUUUAUGACACACCCACCAGGCCUACAUCAGGGGCCUUUGACACAAAGCUUAGCAAUCAUCGUAGAACAUGGUUUUUAUGAUUGAUUGCAGUGAACACAAUGUACAAUUAAUCAUGAAAAUCAAGCGUACGAUUAAUCGCUAACUUUUGUGUUACAGGACCCUUGUCUGAAGAAAGGCUUCAAAAGAUCUGACUUUUACAGAUUCAACUGAAGUUGAUGUGAUCCAAGCUUGGCUUGCCAUAUGCUUGUCGUUCAUAAAAUCAUCCAUAUUUUUUAUGUAAAGAUAUAUGAAACGGCCCCACGGGCCUGUUCCAUAUAAGCUUGUUAUACUAACAUUUGCAUAGAUAGGUAAAAGCUACUGAAAUCCUUCAAUCUGAUUGGCUAAUAGUAUUUUUUUAUGAAAUGGACCCCUGGGGCGGUAUUCUGAACAUUGUAAUUUCUCCAUAUUUUAUCUUUUCUCAGAGAUAUGACAAAAUCGGUAUUCUGGUGGAUGUCAUAACUUUUGUCACAAAAAUUGUCAUAAAUUUUGUCUCUUCUAUCUUUAGCGCGCACCAAAAAUAUGCGGCUUUAAAUGCGCGUAAUCCUUUUAUACAAGCAAAAGAUAUGACAAAAGUUGUGACAGGGGGUAGCAGUCAUAAAUUUUGUCAUAUCUUUUAGUACCAAAUAUCUAGAUACCCUGCCGACUGAAUAACAAGCAUAUAAUGAUAUUAUUUAGAUAAGAUUGUGGUAUUAGGUUCACUCAUCAUCCAUGAACAUUUUCAAUAUUAUAUUUUCAUGCUACAAUUAAUUAGGCCCUACUUAUUAAUUCCUCCUUUUUUUCUCUGUUUUCCUUCUUUUUCUACUUCUCUAAAAUCCUUCACAGCUCCCUGUCUCUCUUUGUAAUUAAGCGCAUCGAUAUUCGCGUUGCUGCGCGAUGCCAACAACUGUAUUGGGGAUACGCCCUACCUGUCACGGGGCCUUCCUAUUGGCUAGAAUGGCUCCCACUGGGAACUAACGAUGAUUUUGAUUGGUUUGCUUCCGAAAAGAUGGGUGGGAACUUAUAGAGAUAUGACAGGGAAAAGACAUUGUUCAGGAUACCGAUUUGUGACAAUCAUAGGGGUGUCACAUCUCGGAGAGAAAUGACAAAAUUUAUGACAAAAGUUAUGACAGUGUUCCAGAAUACCACCCCUGAUUGCUUGUAACUGAGGCCAUAGGGCAGCCACUCAUCUUACGACUGGUCUGAAUUUCCAAUUAUGUAACGAAUGGCCAUUUUUUGUGUUGUAAAAUAAACAUCCUAAUGUCUGACCAAUUUGUAAAAAUUUGUAAUAAAAAUAAAAUGUACAUACUUA